GAGAGAGAGAGAGAGAGAGAGAGAGAGAGACUGACAGAAAGGGAGGGGAGAGAGAGAGGAAAAAGAACAAGCUCACAUACAGGGAGAACAGAGACAGUGUGUAUCUGUGUGUGUGUUUGUGUGUAGCUGGAGACAGCAGUAUAGUGUGGAGCAAAAGGGGCAGGCAGGUAAACGUGAACUUUUAACUAAAGAUGAGAUCGCUCAAACAUCUAAAACCUCAAACCAAGAGAAAUUUGGAGGAGAAGACCCAGCAGCUGGUUCGAUGUUACGCUGAAGCCAUGCACCAGCAGAUGGAUGUGGGGACACAGACAGACCCAGUGGUGGUCUUGUCUUUGGCCCAGGCUGCUGUGUUGGGACUUAUAUCCCAGAAUGAGGUAUUUGGUGCCACCAUUGCCCCCAACGGCUUUUAUACUGGCGAGCCCAAAGAAUCACCUGCUCCGUCCAUCGAGCGGAUGGACUACGAGUAUGCUGACCAGCUCAUUGGUGCCAAUGGUGACUACCUGGGUGUGAACCUUGGAGAGGAUGGUCAGGUUCACCCAAGCUGUGCUGAAAGAAGGUGGCAGGGUACACCUGAAAACACAAAGCCUCUUGUAGUGCACCAGAACUCGGGUUCACACGUCAAGGGUGAGUCUGUGACCCCGGGACUACCUUCCUGCAACCACAUGAUGAGCAUGAUGCCUAGAGAAAGCAUGCAGCCGGUAGACAACUCUGGUUACCGGCUUGCCUCCAAACCUCACUCUAACAACUGCUGCUCGACCUGUGUCCGGGAACCCAAGAACACACAUCCACAACCUAACCACCAUGUUCAUCCCCACCCCAGCACUCACACACCAAAUGAGGUUCAUUCUCAUACCCGAAACCAUACACUAGAGAAAAGAGGAAAUGGUGAUGCACAAGAGGAAGGGAAUGGCGCAAGAAUGGGGAAGGCUGGUGGUGGAGGGGAGGAGAUCAGCGGCUACUUCCGUGCUAGUGAGGUUGGCUAUGAGGGUGGGGAUAUGGAAGGGGUAGGGGAGUUUGAUGAGAGCAAUCAAGGCCUGUAUUGGGGAGAACCUGUGGAAGGGGAGGCACCACGGGGGCGCCGCAUUGACCGAUUGGACAUCAACAUUCAGAUCAACGAGUCAUACUGUGUCGAUGUUGGUGAAGGCUUAAAGCGUUGGAAGUGCCGCAUGUGUGAAAAGUCGUACACUUCUAAAUAUAACCUUGUAACACAUAUCUUGGGUCACAAUGGCAUUAAACCUCAUGCCUGCCCACACUGUGGUAAGCUCUUCAAGCAGCCAAGUCACCUGCAGACACACCUCCUGACGCACCAAGGCACACGGCCGCACAAGUGCACUGUCUGCAAAAAGGGCUUUACUCAGACCAGCCACCUAAAACGCCACAUGUUGCAACACUCCGACGUCAAGCCCUUUAGCUGCCGCUUUUGCCGCCGAGGCUUUGCCUACCCCAGUGAGCUGCGAGCCCAUGAGGUGAAGCAUGAGCGAGGCCGCUGCCACAUCUGUUCGCAGUGCUCCAUGGAGUUCCCCACCUAUGCCCAUCUCAAACGCCAUCAGGUCAGCCACCAAGGGCCAUCCAGCUUCCAGUGUAGCCACUGCAAUAAGACAUUUGCCUACCGUAGUCAGUUGCAGAACCAUAUGCUGAAGCACCAGGCCCAACGCUCUUUUUCCUGCAGCCAGUGCGGCCUGCAGUUCCUGCAGCUCCACCAGCUACGUCAGCACUCUCUCACACACAAAGUGCUCAAACCCCAGCCACGUGCCACUAAGGGAACAAAGGGCUUCAAGUGUGAUGUAUGCGCUCGUGAGUUCACAUUGUCUGCAAACCUGAGGAGGCACAUGCUGAUCCACGCCAGUGUCAGGCCCUUUCAGUGUCACGUCUGCUUCAAGUCCUUCGUCCAAAAGCAGACUCUGAAAACACACAUGAUCGUCCAUCUACCUGUAAAACCCUUUAAGUGCAAGGUGUGUGGGAAAUCGUUUAACCGUAUGUAUAAUCUUCUGGGUCACAUGCAUCUCCACGCUGGCAGCAAGCCUUUCAAAUGUGCAUACUGCUCCAGCCGAUUCAACCUAAAGGGUAACCUUAGUCGACACAUGAAGGUCAAACAUGGCAUGGACGUGUCCCCGGAGGGACAAGAUGCUCCUCCAGACCUGGAACCUCAUGAAGAUUAUGAAGAGGAUAACUUUAACUUUGCUGCCCCCGAAAACAUGGAUGCUAACGAUGCACCUAAUCUCACCAAGCUCUCUGAGGUCGCUAUACAGGAGCUGGACUAUUAUAACUUUGGAAAGGAUGUGGGCAGCUACAACACAGCAUGAGCCCCAUAGAUAAGACUAAAACUGAAAUACUGUUGAAUAUCCAUUGAACUAAUUGGGCACUUAUCAGCCAUACGCUGGUUGUUAUGCAUUUCCAUGAGAACCAAGACUUCUCUAUUAUUACUGAUGGACAGGUGGCCAUCUUGAUUUCACUCAUAUUGUAACUAUUCUGAUCCUGUUUCAUAAGAACCACUGAAUUUGCUAAGAGUCUUUUGGACAGUUGUAAGUUUACUCUGUGUUGCCGUGUGGCACUUCUGCAGUACGUUUUUAAUUUAAAGGUCCACACAUCAAAGUUUCAGGCCAAAAAUGAACAUUAUACUUAUAGAAAUGGAUUAUUUUCUGUCUUUAUGUUGCUUACAUAAAGUACACUCACAUGAGAUGAAGUAUUAAAUUUCUUUGUUGACAAGAAGAUUCUGAGCUCGGGUUACUCUGGAUUUUCUGUGCAUGUUCUCCCUCCCAGAAACAUGACUGCAGGUGGAACAGCUGUGCAUAAAUGCCCCUAGGUGUGAAUAAGUGUGAAAGUGUGUGUAGGUUGUCUAUAAAGAAUUAGCAUUACCAUCAUGGGUGUAUUCAUACCUUGUGCCCAGUGUUUAUUCUGCAUUGCCUGUGUUUUUUUUUUUUUUUUGGCAUUAUGGUCGAGAUUGAAGACGUCUUCAAAGAAGUUUUCCACACCUUUUGAGUGCAGCUGACUCUUAAGAUGUUCCAAGCCCAGUGUUCAUUCUCCAGAUCUGCAAUUUGAGGACCACCUAUACAGUCUAUGUAGGCGUAAGUUCAAAAUGAACAAAGAAGUUUAAUCAUUAAAAAACCUUUACUCAUCUCAUGCAAGUGUAUACAAUGUAUGGAAAAAAAGAUCAUAAAUAAACACUGUAUAAUAUACAGACCGGUGAGAAAUGUAAGAAAAAUACACUGUAUUGUGUGUUGAGCCACCAGAAGAGUCUCAGCGUGCCUUGGCAUAAAAGUUUAUGGAACUGUUCUAGAGAUGAACAGCAUCCCUCACAAAAAUAUACUCUCGGGUUGGUGUUUUGAAGAUGGUAAUGAAGAGCCCUGUCCAACAGGUUGCUUCAAAAUCUCCUAUUGUGUGGUGACUGCAAUAGCUAAAGCAUGACAUAUAUUAUUAUCAUCUUCAUUAAAUCAUUUAGUGAUACAUUGUGCCAUGUGGAUGGGGGCAGGGCCAUCCUGGGAGAGACCAUACCCAUCGGGAUAGAAUUUUCUUAUCAUAAAAAAAGAUAACCAGUCAGAAGAAUUUGUACUGAUUUGCAGUGACUCUUUUAUCUUUGGGCACAAAUGGACUAAUGUCAGUAAAAAUAAAUGCCACCUUAUAACCACUGUACUAUAUAUAUUUUUUUCAUUUCUUUUUAAAUUGUGACCCGUCUGUGUAUUGUCUCUUCUUGAUCACUGACUGGACCUAAAACAGCCUAACUAAUAUCACUUAGGUUUCUUUGCCUCUACUUACUGUUGUUUAUAUAUAAGGGAAAAUAAAAGAGUACCCAUUAUAUUUGUCCCCAGUGGAGCAGUGUACUAGUGAGUGUACAUACCUAGUGGGUGGCAGUGUACUAGUGAGUGGGCCCCAUUACCAAAGUCAGUGCAUGAGCAUCCACCACUGCAAUUUCCAAAAAUCAACACCUUCACCAACAACCAGUUAUUUGUAGAGAAUAAUUGUUCCUAUAUAUUAGUUUGGUAUUUAUUUUGCACCUUCUGAUUUAAAAAUGCAUUAAAAAUGUAUUUUGAAGAGAAACCUGGUUUAUCACUGAUCGUUAAAAGCUCUUGUCUAAUCUUCAUCUCAUAGAGACAGAUAGGACAACGUUGCCAGUUGUGUUAGUUUCUUUAAAUAAAGCAUUUUCAAACUGAA